UAAAAGAUGAAUCCAGUAUUGGAACCAGAGCUUACUCCUGAGAACCUACUGUUACAUGCAUCCAGGAAUGGAAUGGUUGGCCAGGUCAGAGACUUAAUUCAGGCAAGACAUGAGGGCAGCUUAAGCUUUGAUCUGAAUGCAAGAGGCAAAAGUAAAAGCAAUUGUGGCUGGGCAGCCCUACACUUGGCCUGCUAUUUCGGUCACGGAGAUGUAGUAGGAUGCUUACUUCAGAAUUCGUGCUGAUAUCAGGCACUCACCGUGCAG